UUUCGUUUGAGCACUUCAGCGUCGCAAUCAGAGCAUCCAGCGACGAAAUACAGCAGCACCACCACCACCCACCGCCGACGCGGGCCAUCUUCGGUCUUUUGCUGGUUUUGCUGAUAAGCAUGGGUCGCCGCCAGGUGGACCCAGAGCAAGCUCGGAAGGCAUGUGAAGCAAGGUGGCAUGAAGAUCCGAGAGGCCUCUAGGCUCUUUGGGCUCGAUAGGUGGUCGAUUAAGAGCCGUCUCGAUGGCGCAGUGGUCGAUUAAGAGCCGCCUCGAUGGCGCAGUGGCCAUGAAAGCAAAAGUUGGUCCCGCGACUGUCCUGAGCGAACAAGAGGAAAAUUCUCUUGAAGAUGUUCUGCUGUACGCUGGUCGUCACUGCUUGGCUGUGGGUCGGCUGCACCUGCUAGAAACCGUUAGACAGCUGUGCAACGACAGUCGCCCGAUCCCUUGGGAUCCAGAGAAGGCUGUGGGUCGGCUGCACCUGCUAGAAACCGUUAGACAGCUGUGCAACGACAGUCGCCCGAUCCCUUGGGAUCCAGAGAAGGGUUCGGGGAAGGACUGGCUAGCUGGCUUCCUCAAGAGGCACCCACGGGUGUCGGAGCGCACGACUCGCAUCUACGAGUCAAACAGAAUCACUGAGGACAACGAGCCUUGCAUCGUCGAGCUCUACAAGAAGUUGGCAGCUAUCCUCGACGAGCACAAGCCGAAGGCCGACCACGUGCACAACACGGACGAGACAGGUCCCACACCGCAAGGCACGAAGACUAUGAAGGCCUUCGCGGAGGCAGGGCAAAAGGUGGUUGAGUCGAUGCGGUCCAACUCGCUAGAGAACACCACCGUGGUCACCACCAUCAGCGCCAAUGGUGCCACGUGGGCGCCAACCAUUAUCUUCAAAGGACAGCGACUCCAGCCUGACUGGUUCGCCGAGAGGAACGGCCCGAAGGAUGCGAGGUACACUUGCACGGACUCUUCCUUCAUGCAGGGCGACGUGUUCAUCAAGUACCUCAAGGACUUCCACAAGCAGCUUGACGACCGAGGCGUGCUCGACGGAAAGCCGCACACCCUCGUGCUUGAUGGGCAUGCCUCACACGUGAGCUACGAGGUCAUCAAAUUGGCCAUGGAACUCAACAUCAUCCUCUUCCAGCUGCCCUCCCACACGUCGCACAUCACCCAGCCGUUGGACGUCGUCGCUUUCGGAACCUUCAAGAAGGAGGUGACUAAAGUGCUGCAAGACUACUACCACGCAAACGGCGGGUUGUUGCCGCUGAAGCGUGACGUGCCCGGCGUGAUCGCGGCGGCUUGGCAAAGGAGCUUGACACUGGAGCGGAACAAUGCAUCCUUCGGCGGGGCGGGGCUGCGGCCUGUGGACAUGGAUCGAGCGCUGACCCGGCUUCAGGGCACGGCGAAGAGGGAAGAGGGGCCGACCGGGCGCCCACCCCUAGAGGAUGUCCCCAUCGCCAUGACCCACGAGCAGCUGGAAGAGGCCANCAGCCGCAGCACAAGGGGCGGCUUUGCCCGUUCGCCAGCCGGCACCCUCCUUGUCCCGGGUUGGACGGCAGCGGACCCAGACACCCGUUGUUGACGCGUAGCCGCCUAUGAGGCGCUCCUUGGUUUGUUUUCCACCACACCCAGAGAAGGACAAAACAAGCUACAAAAGUCGUCAGUUUAUACGUGGAGUCGGGGGCGUUCGACCGAAAACCGGGGAUGUCGUCAUUCUGUCCCCGGGUGACCUCCAUUUUUGUUUUUGCGAUACAUGUUUGUCAUUCAUGUCUGAAUGCUCCCUCCAAAUAUUAUGUCGUGGGGAUGUAUAAACAGUCCAGAAUAGACUAUCCAGGGUUAGUGGUGUACGGGGCUGAUUCUUGCCGUAGCGGCACGCAAAAUACCGAAAAUAUACCCAUUUUUGAACAACUAUUUUUUGACGGCAACAACUCCUUU